AUGGCGAACGGUCAGGUUUCCUCCACGUCGGACAUGAUCGACUACUUUAUUGCUUUCUUCCUACCACCUGUCGGCGUGUUCCUCAAGCGUGGCCUCCACGCGGACCUAUGGAUCAACAUCCUCCUCACCAUACUGGGCUGGAUUCCGGGUGUGCUGCACGCGUGGUGGGUCAUUGGGUAA